UAUACCCACAAACCCUCAUGGCUUCCUCUUCCUCUUCUUCACCAUUUCCCUCUCUUCUUCUCCUUCCUUUCUUCCUCUUCCACAUCUUUUUUCCCUCUGCCUCCGCCGACUACGGCGGCUGGGAGAGCGGCCAUGCCACCUUCUACGGCGGCGGAGACGCCUCCGGUACUAUGGGUGGAGCAUGUGGGUAUGGAAACUUGUACAGCCAAGGGUACGGCACCAACACUGUGGCACUAAGCACAGCGCUAUUCAACAACGGCCUUAGCUGCGGCGCAUGCUACGAAAUGACUUGCACAAAUGACCCUAAAUGGUGCCUACCCGGCACCAUCAAGGUCACUGCCACCAACUUCUGCCCCCCCAAUUUCGCCCUCCCCAAUAACAACGGCGGCUGGUGCAACCCUCCCCUCCAGCACUUCGACAUGGCCGAGCCCGCCUUCCUCCAGAUCGCUCAGUACCGCGCCGGAAUCGUUCCCGUCUCUUUUCGAAGAGUGUCGUGUGUGAAGAAAGGGGGAGUGAGGUUCACAAUUAACGGUCAUUCCUACUUCAACCUUGUCCUGAUCACGAACGUGGGCGGGGCGGGGGACGUCCACACGGUGUCCAUAAAGGGGUCACGAACGGGAUGGCAAGCGAUGUCACGAAAUUGGGGCCAAAACUGGCAGAGCAACAACUAUUUGAAUGGGCAAGGGCUCUCCUUUCAAGUCACACUCAGCGAUGGCAGCACUCUCACAGCCAACAAUCUGGUCCCUUCCAAUUGGCAGUUUGGCCAAACCUUCGAAGGCCCCCAAUUCUAAACAUUACAACACACAAACCUUUCCUUUUCAAGUUUUUUUCGAAAAAAAGGAACACCCUUUAAAUUUCCUGUUUUUUUUUUUUACCUUUUUUGUUUG